CAGUUAAAGACAUAAAGACGAGGUGGGGGAGUAACUGCCGUGCACUCCUACAAAACCUGGGGACAGUGAACAACAUGAUCAACGACCGGCAUCAUGAUACAUUCAACCCGUUAGAGCUAAAUAUGGAAGCCGUCUGCCAAAACGCCGAGAGUGUGAUUCAGUUGGAAUGCGCUGUAGCAUACGGAUGACACGAAGCCAGGACAUUACAAAAACAAUCGGCACACCCAUUUGUAUAGAUAAACUCACAUUGCAUCUUCAUUAUUAUCAUUUAUCUCAAUCGCGGCAUUUUUUUAUACUUCGGUAGAUAAAUACGAAAAGUUGUUUUGCUUUCUGAGAACUCAACUGUGCAGGAGAUAUACACAAUUUGAAGAACCGAAAGCUCAGUUCAGCCAACUAAACAUCAUGAAAAGCUCAACCUCCUGUACAAGCUUGGUAGACAAUAACAUGUCUACAGUUAUAGAAAAUGAAGAGGAUGAAGAAAACUCGAUCGUCACAGCAUACAAGCCAGACAAGGUCCGCCUGCUGCUGACCAUACUCCUUACGCCUCUCACCGGUGGCAUUCUUUUGCUCUUCAUAUAUUGGAGGUCAGAUUGGAGGCUGAAGGUGACACACAGUCCCUGUGAGUUAAAAGAAGCCACCAAAGUCUUAAUCAAAGAUCAAUACAAGCAGCUAUUUGUAGAAGACGUCAUCAGCACCAGUUAUGAGAGAAGAUCAUCCCAGACUGAGGAGAUAUACCGGAAUGUCUCACUGAGAUAUUUUGUACAUAAAGAAGUUCGUUACAUUUGGGAAAAUGCAACAUUUUCUCGACUUGUAGGCCUGGAAAAAGGCAAAGAAUGCGCCCAUUUCCACAAGAUCUCGCACGGCAUGCCGAGAUCAGAACAGACAAGUCAGCGUGUUUUGUAUGGCACCAACUGUAUAGUCAUCCAAGUCAGGUCUUAUCUGGACCUGUUUUUCAAUGAGGCCCUGAACCCGUUCUAUAUCUUCCAAGUGUACAGUGUGACUGUGUGGAUGGUUCAGUUGUAUUUUCUGUAUUGUGGCUGUAUCAUGGUACUAUCUACGAUAUCCAUUGCUUUGUCAGUCUAUGAAACCAGAAGGUCCAGUGUUGAGUUAAAAAAGAAGGUGGUCUCUGGCUCAAAAGUCACUGUUCAACGCGGAGCUUCGGAGAACAGCCAUACUGUUGGCUCGCGAGAGGACGUGCUUACGGAAGUGAUUGAUUCGGAUGAUCUAGUGCCAGGUGACGUCAUCAUAAUUCCAGAUCAUCACACCAAGUUGGAGUGUGAUGCAGUCCUUGUUAAUGGCAACUGUGUGGUGAACGAAAGCAUGCUUACAGGAGAGAGCAUACCUAUCACAAAGACCUCGGUACCAAAUGUCAACACUGAGAUGUACACUCCUCUCACCCACAAACGACACACGUUGUUCUGUGGGACGGAGGUGAUUCAAGCGAGGAGCAUGAAUCAGGAAUCUGUGAAAGCCGUGGUGGUAAGAACAGGAUUCGCCACUGCAAAAGGAGAGUUAGUGCGAUCUAUACUUUUCCCUCAGCCACUAGACCUUAAAUUGCACAGAGACGGCCUUAAGUUCAUCGGGGUAGCGCUUAUCAUAGCUUUUGUGGGACUUGGAUUCGUAGUUUUCACAUACUUGUACCAUGAGAUAUAUGAAGACAUGGCUAUCACCCUUCUAAACAUCACGACAUUUUGUGUGCCUCCCGCUCUGCCGGCAGCUAUCACGAUCGGAAAUGUGUUAGCGCAGAAACGGCUGGAGAAAGCCAAAAUUUUCUGCAUGAGUUCGAGAUUUAUUAACUUUACUGGCGCACUGAAUGUCGUAUGUUUUGACAAAACUGGUACCCUCACAAAUGAUGGAUUGGAUCUCCACGGACUGCGAAGGGCAGAAAAUGGAAGGUUCCUCAAAGAAAGUCUUGGAUCGGAAAACCUCCCCACUGGUUCGUGUCUUACAUGCAUGGCGACGUGCCAUUCCCUACACAUCAUAGACGGCAAACCUGACGGAUAUCCAUUGGAUGUAAAGAUGUUUGAAGCAACAGGAUGGAUACUCAAGGAUCCCAGCACGUUAAUGCCAUACGAGACGAAAUUUGAGAAGACACCUAUGGCCAUCGUUCAAUCAGACAAGGGCGGAGAAGUGGCUGUUAUACGCCAAUACACGUUCGCCUCGGGACUUCAAAGAAUGAGCGUCAUAACGAAAUCAGAAGAUAGUUCGGAACUCGAAGUUUACGUUAAAGGGUCUCCUGAAAAGAUCACCAGUAUCAGUAAACCAGAGACCGUUCCAGAAGACUGGCAAGACAUCUUGGAGGUGUACACCAGAGAUGGAUACCGUGUCAUUGCCUUGGCAACCAAAAAGCUAGAUCCUAGCAUCACUUGGGAUGACACACAAAACUUAAGCAGAAAUAAAGUAGAAUGUGAUCUGGAGUUUCUAGGCCUGCUGAUAAUGGAAAAUAAGCUGAAACCAGAAACUAUACCCGCAAUGAAAAUAUUGCACUCAGCCAACAUCAGAACAGUAAUGGUCACAGGUGAUAAUAUCUUGACGGCGUUGAAAGUGGCGAGGGACUGUGAUAUGAUAAAACCCCGCGAAAUGGUGAUCCGAAUUACAGCCAAAGCAUUCCACAAAGGUAACCCGUUGGAAUACAGUCUGCGGACCGUGCCCGACGAAGCCACAUUAGAGAUACAAUAUACUAGAGAAAUCGAUCCAGACCAUCCAUCAGAGGAGAUGCGUAUUGACAUAGAGGAGAAGAUGUACCAUUUGGCUAUAGAUGGGAAGUCGUUUGGACUAAUCCGCCGUUAUAAACCAGAGCUCAUUCCAAAUAUUGUUCGCAGAGGGACGGUGUUUGCGCGUAUGCUUCCAGAACAGAAGACGCACCUGAUCACGGACCUACAAGAUAUGGAGUAUUAUGUUGGUAUGUGUGGUGACGGAGCUAACGACUGCGGUGCACUGAAAACGGCACACGCAGGAAUUUCCCUGAGUGUUGCCGAGGCCAGCGUUGCCUCUCCAUUCACAUCUCAGGAAACCAACAUCAUGUGUGUCCAAAAACUCAUGAGGGAGGGUCGCACAGCUUUGGUGACGUCAUUUGGUCUGUUUAAGCACUUGCUUUGUAGCGCCAUUAUAGAGUUAGUUAUGAUACUCUUUUUGUAUUAUAUAUUUAACGGCCUUAACGACCCUCAGUUUUUGUACAUCGACUUGGGACUUCUUGUGAUCAUUACCCUUUUCUAUGGUAACGUAGGCGCCUAUCCGGUGCUUGUAAAGCGGCCGCCACCCUCAAAACUGAUGGCCACCGUUCCCUUACUGUCCAUCGGUUCCUUCUUAAUUAUUCAGUGUUGCUUUCUCACUUUCUGUUGGCUGCUUAUGCAGGCUGAGCCAUGGUAUUUGAAAUGGGAAUGGGAUGAUCAGCGUUUUGUUUGGGAUUUGAAAGGAUACGAGAAUACUAUGAUGUUUUGUAUGGGCUGCCUCUGCAUCAUCAACUCCGCCAUUACGUUCUCACAAGGCGCGCCCUACCGCAAACAUAUGUUCACCAACUUUCUGUUCGUUCUGUGUUUGUUGGCUGGUUUUAUUUUGACUUCUAUCAUUUGGUUAUGGCACGGCGGGAAAUAUAACCUUUUCACCGGUCUUUUUGAUCACAUUGAUUUCCCGUCUUAUGGAUUUUGUCUGCUACUCUACGCUAGUUUCUUUAUCAAUGUUUUUGUCAGCCUAUCUUGUGAGACAUUUUUGAUACAAGAUUUACUGUAUCAAAAACUAAGACCAAAAAUGUCUAGGCCAAAGCUGAAGCACCAACGCUUGGAACUGGAGCUACGACAUAAUGAAACCUGGCCGCCCUUGGACACCACAUUAAUUGAGGGAGAGCGCUUCUCUGAAAAGGGCAAUGGCGCACUGAUACAAGGAACAGGCGCACAAAGUUGUGAUACACAUUUGUAACAAUGAUUUCCUGAUAUAUUGGAUAAUAUUUAAAAAAUAAACUCGGCCUCCUACAUUCCACAAAGUAAAGUGGGGUUGAAUAUAGCCAAAGAUGAUGUUGGGUUUGAGAAAUUAUCUACAGUAUGUACUACAGUUGUUUUGCACGUUCAGUAUGUACCUAAUUAGUAUUAGGAUGUGCUCGCUUAAGGACACGUGUCUUAAUAGCGAGCGGCUAUACCGCGUACUGCAAUGGUGUCCUGUAGGCGGCGCAGCUCACCUUCACAGAAGUAACCCUGAAGUCAGCUCUUGCAGGGAUACAAGCAAUUAUAUAUAUAUAUAUAUAUAUAUAUAUAUAUAUAUAUGAUUGCAUAAGAUUAUGCAGUUUGUAAUCUGCUACAUCAGUACAACCUCAAGAAUAGUUUCAAAUUGUAAGUAGUAAGCGAAUAGGCAGGGGUUUAAGAUAAAGCUCAGCACAGUUGAAAGUGGAAAGGAGGUGAGGGGAGAGUCUUCACUUGCUCACAUGUGCAAUGCAAAGUACAAAAGAUCAGGACAUUGGGACAUGAAUCAAACGUAUUUAUUUAUUAAAUUGAAUAUUAAAUAACUCAUUUUAGUAUUUUGAGGGAAUGUAAAAGAAAGAAAACUUGAUAAAACUGAUGGAAGUUAAAAUUCAUCCAGUAAUACAGUGUUUUAUUUGAUAUAUGUGAAAUGAUAAUAAAAUAAGA